UGAUCUGUUGAGAUGUGUCUUCCUUUCUUUUCUUCAUCUUGAAGAUUGGUUGACCAGUUCAAGUUUUCUUUCCUUCUUUCUUUCUUUCUUUUUUUUCCCUCUUCUUCUUUGGCUUCCCUUUUCUUCUUCUUCUUGGCAAGAGCUGCAGCCUCUGCUGCAACCGUCAUCUACCAACCUAAGCCGAGCAUGCCCAUCCCUCUGCUUUCAUCUUUUCUUUUUGCUUUUCUCUUCUGCAGCCUGCCUCAAGUUGCUCUGAUCAACUGCAACAACCGACCCAUUCUCUCUCUCUCUCUCUCUCUCUCUCUCUCCCCCCAGCCAUUUCUUCCUCAACCUUCCAGCUCCAGCUUUCCUUUUUUUUUUUUUUUUUUUCCUUUCUUUUCUUCUUCUCUGUAGGCGGCAGCUAAGCAAGACCCUUCCCCGCCAUUUCCAAUUUGAUCAUUCUCGGCUUCUUCCUCUAUCUCACUCACUCUCCAGCUCACUCGGUCCCUCAUCUCACUCACUCUCGGUCUCAGUUUCUCUUUGAUCAUCUCUCCACACACCUCAGCUCAAAAAAGAAAGACAGGACAGAUCACCAUCAUCUCGAAUCCUGCUCCUCAAGUCACUUUCACCACCACCUCCCCUUCCACUCAGAUCACUCUGGACGUCAGCCAUCCUUUCCGGAUCACCAUAUGGACAUAGUUGAUAUCGUUGGAAGGCCUGCAACGCGAAUCGGGCUGGCACUUAGGGUCGGCCAGUGUGUGUUUGCUGCUGGCUCACUCUACUUCAUGAACAGUGCCACGGAUUUCAACGGUGUCACGGCUUACCGCCUUCUACUUCAUGCCAUGAUGGCUAUCAUCGUUUGGAGCUUUGCACUUGCAUUCCUCGACGCGUACGCAUUGAGGAAGCAAUGGGACCUACAAGGUCCGGCUGCUGUAUAUUUCUUUGUGGUGGGUGACGUGGUCUGUUGGUUUUUAUUGGUAGCUGCUCUGGGCUCAUCUUCGGGGGUUGCCUCUCUCUACGUCUAUGCGCACAUGUGCUCGGGUUCACACCAGUGCCUCAAGCAUCAGAUCUCAGUGGCACUUGGGUGGAUCUCACAGGGGCUCCUCACUGCUUCAGUACAGGCCAUUAUCUACAUAUUAAGAAUGUUACAUUAUUAGCUGCUGUUCAUUCUGUAGUUUUCAUUAUCUACAUAUUAAGAAUGUUACAUUAUUAGCUGCUGUUCAUUCUGUAGUUUUCAGUGCCUCAAAAUUCUGAACUAAUUAGUUUUCCAUGUUGCUACUCUAAUGCCGUAGAUUGAGAUAUUUGAAUUACUAGUAAAGCAACCAUGUAAGUUGCACGUGGAUUGUGCAUUUUUAGUUUCAUGGUGUAUCUUACUUUAUGCAUCUCCUAGUAACUCAUC